CCCCCCCCAAGUUGUAUAAAAAGGGCUGAACAUCCCAGCAGUAAGUCUUCAAGGAGGAGACAGCUUAGCGUGAAAAUCUGUGCACCUGCCGGAGUCUGAACAAAAGCGAUAUCACUGGUAAAUUGUACAAUCUUAGAAGGGCGAGCAGAUUGCCACUCACCAUGGUAACAGUGCCAACACUAGUCAUUUUCCUUUGUUCCAUUAAGCAUGUAAUAAUGCUUAAGGCAGAAUGGCAGAAAACAAAUAUACCUGCUGUUUUGCCUCAGGAAACUGUGACACUGGAGAGAGCGCAUUUUAAGGGUAAAGCAAAGCUAGAAGUAACCUCUCCAUGUGAAUUAGAGUGCCAUAAAAGAGCGCCCCUACCAACAUAUGAAGACCUAAAAGAAUAUUUGUCUUAUGAAACUCUGUACCUAGAUGGAAGCAGAACUCUCACAAAUGUGGACAUCUACGGUUUCAAUGUUGCUGAUUUGGUAAACAAACAAAAUCACAAGAGCGGUCGAAGAGCAAAGAGACAGAUCUUUGGCCUGGAUGGCAGAUUCAGCAUCUUGGGAAAAAACUUUUUGUUGAACUAUCCUUUCUCAACAUCAGUGAAAAUCUCCACAGGUUGCACUGGGACUUUAGUAGCUGAGAAACAUGUCCUAACAGCUGCCCACUGUAUUCACGAUGGCAAGAACUAUGUGAAGGGUGCGCAAAGGAUGAAAAUUGGAUUUUUUAAACCAAAACAAAAGGAGAAUGGGAAAGCCACAAAUCAAACCACAAUUUUUCCAGAAAAACCUAGAUUCCAUUGGAUACGAGUAAAACGGACACAUGUUCCAAAGGGAUGGAUCAAAGGUUCAGCGAAUGAUAUCGGCAUGGAUUACGAUUAUGCACUCCUGGAACUGAAAAGGCCUCACAAGAAACCCUUCAUGAAAAUAGGAGUUACUCCUCCUCUGGAAAGGCUGCCUGGUGGCAGGAUUCACUUCUCUGGAUUUGAUAAUGAUCGUCCAGGAGAUCUUGUUUAUCGUUUCUGUUCAGUUAAAGAUGAAACUUAUGACCUCCUGUAUCAGCACUGUGAUGCUCAGCCUGGAGCCAGCGGUUCAGGUGUUUACAUCCGAAUGUGGAAAAAGCACAGUCGGAAAUGGGAGCGAAAAGUGAUUGGAAUAUUUUCAGGACACCAAUGGGUGGAUAAGAAUGGUGUGCAGCAGGAUUACAAUGUGGCUGUUCGGAUCACUCCUCUGAAAUAUGCACAGAUAUGUUUCUGGAUCAAAGGAAAUUAUGUUGAUUGUAGAGAUGGAUGAAGUUUCUUUUUUUAUCUUUUUUAAUACUGUACCGUGCAAGCUGGUAAACUCAUAUCAUAAAAACUAUUCAAUUCUGAAUUUUAUUUUAUUGGGCUUAGCUCUUCUGUCACUGGGAGUGCAACACAAGAGAAUAAAGUAUUGCAAGAGCGUUCAAAUAAAAAUAGGGUAAAAAGUGUUUUAAAUGCUUGUAACUUCAUUGUGGUGGCAUCUUGAAUUAAAGAGUCCCCCGUUAAAGGCUUCUUUUUGCUGCAAUUUGGAACUCACUUAAUGUAUAAUGUCAAAGUUCAAAAUAUUUUAAGUAACUUUAAUAAGAUAGCAUUAAAUGCCUUUUCAUGUCUUGAUUACAAAGGCUUCUAAAAUAUGUUGUGGCACUUAGUGAAUUUUCAAAUGAGCUGAGAUAUCUUAAAAGGCCAUUUUCAUCUGAACUGAAUCACUGUAUUAAACAUGAAACCAGUAUCCUAUGAGACAAACUUGUGGAGAUUCUUCUUCCCUCUUAAUUUAAGGCCACUCAUUUUGAAUACACAAGUAUGGAAACAGUUGUUUAAAGAUAUUUUCAUACAUUAAUGCUGUUUGCAAAUUUCAGAACCACUGGAAUUUUUUUUUUUGAUUUACCACAGGCUAGAAUUCAAAGGUAAGCUAUUAAUGACAAUUCUGUAGGGAUGUGAUACAAUAAGAUCUUAUCAAAAACUAUCCUUAACUCCAUUAUCUUCACAAAGUGAAGCAUUUUAAACUUUCAUGCUUGUAGGAUGAGUCAAAGCUUGAUUAAUAUUAACAAGAAAUCAAUAUAAAAUAAUGAACAAAUUUGCUACAUUUUUCAAAGCGGUCUUUACUUUUUUGAUCCAUUCCUGGGAUGUGGGAGUUCCUGGUAAAGUCAGUAUUUAUUGCCCUGAAGAAGUGAUGGUGGUCAUUUUGAAUAGCUACAGUCCAUGUGGUGAAGGUAAUCCCACAAAGCUGCCAGAUGGAAACUUCUAAGGUUUUGACCCAGCGAUAAUGAAAGAACAGCAUUACAUGUUAAAUCAGCAUAUUUGACUUGGAGGAAAGUUUGGAAUUGAUGUUCCUAUGUACCUGCUGCCCUUGUUCUUGUAAGUGGCAAAAGUUACAGGUUUAGGAGGUGCUGCUGCAGAAGCUUUGUGAAGUUUUUGCAUCUUGUUGACCAUAUGGUGCAUGCUGUAGCUCAUGCGUGAGGUGGUGAUCAAGUGAACUGCUUUGAAUUGGAUGAUGGUAUUAUUAGCAGUCUUGCAGUUGUAUCCGUCCAAUGAAAUCUCAAUAUGUACUUAUUGACACAAUCAAUUUUUCAACAAUCCUAUUUUUAGGUCUUCUCUCUUAGAUCUCCCUCUUCCAAAAGGUGAUGUCUUAUGGGUGGCUAAUCAACUCUCAUUAUCCUCAAGGAACAUGUUUCAGUAUCAACCCAAUGGCAGGUUCUUCCAGCCUUUCAAAUGAUAUUCUAUUUUGAUUUUGGAAGAGCCACAUCAUUUUAUCUCCAUAACUCUCAUUAUUGGUUGGUUUUGCUUUCUCUUUAUAUGAUUUAGAUAUUUAAUGCAUUUUAUUUUUGUCAUUCCCAGGAUAAGAUGUGUUUACUGAUUUAAAUUAAAAAUAAAGUGAAUGUCACAGAUAAAGCUUUCACUUUCUGUGAAAUAACUGUGAUUAUUGAUAACUUUGUUUCCAUGACUAUGCAACUAAUAUUUAAAGUCCUUCUAGGAUGCUGAUGAAAACUCCAACAGUAAGUGCUCCAAUUUUAACAUGUGAAAUAGCUAAACAGUUAGUGAAAGUUUCUUGGUGCCAUACUGAUAUUUGUUGAUCAAUGGUGGAAUUGUUAAUUUGCAUUAAUAUUUUUGAUUUACUACAUUUUCCUAAUGCUCCAAAUUAUUCAAAUGUUUUGUGAUCCUAUAUAUUGUAGCACACUACAAAACAACGACUUGUAUCGCACCUUUACCCUAAUGAAACUUCCCAAGGUGCUUCACAGGAGCAUUGUAAAACAAAGUAUGAUACUGAACCACCUAAGGAAAUUUGGAUCACAUGACCAUUAACUUGGUCAAAGAGGUGGAUUUUUAAGGUGUAUCUUAAUAGAGGAAAGCAAAGUAGAGGAGGAGAUGUGCAAGGAGGGCAUUCCAGCCCGUGGGGCCUAGGCAAAUUUUUUUUCUUUAUUAUUCAUUUAUGGAAUGUAGGCAUCGCUGGCUAGCCAGCAUCUAUUGCCCAUCCCUAAUUGCCCUUGAGAAGGUGGUGGUGAGCUGCUGCCUUGAACCGCUGCAGUCCCUGUGGUGUAGGUACACCCUCAGUGCUCUUAUGGAGGGAGUCCGAGGAUUUUGAAGGCAUGGUGGCCAAUGGUGAUGCACAAUAGGCCAGAAUUGGAAGAGCGCAGAUCUGAGAGUUGGGGGAUGGAGGAGAUUGCAGAGAUAAGGAUAGUCGUGAAGGAAUUUUGAAAACAUGGGUGACAAUUUUAAAAUCAAGGCCCUGCUUGGGAGCCAAUGGAGGUCAGUGAGUACAGGGACAAUAGGGGAACAGGACUUGCUACGAGUUAAGACAUGGGCAUCAGAGUUUUUGACAACCACGAGUUUAUGGAAGGUAGGAUGUGGGAGGCCAGCCAGGAGUACAUUGGAAUUGUCGAGUCUAGAGGUAAUUAAGGCAUGAAUAAGGGUUUCAGCAGAAAAUGAGCUGAGAUGAAGUGAGAAUGUUGUGGAGGUGGAAAUAGGUAGUUUCAGUGAUGGCACAAAUACAAGAUUGGAAGCACAUCUUUGGAUCAAUGUGACACCAAGCUUAUGAACAAACUGACUUGAUCUUGGACUGUUGCCAGGGAGGGGGAUGGAGUUGGUAGCUAGGGAACAGAAAUUGGAGUGGGACAAAAAACAAUAGCUUCAGUCUUCCCAUCAUUCAACUGGAGGAAAUUUCUGCUCAUUCAGUACUGGAUGUCAGCUAAUGUUAACAACAAUUUCAAAUUGAUACAAUUAACACCAGGAAACUGUCCCUCCAUAAUUUUAUUUCAUUGACUAAGAACAAUAAAUUAUGCUAUACAUUGAUUUAAAAACAUAAAUGUGAAAGUUAUCCUUUGAGACAAUAUUUGGUGUAGUUAUUUAAAUGAUUGUUGUCAUGCAAUAUGUGAAACAACUUGAUUGUGGAAUCACACUGCAGCUCAAUGGAACUGAGCACUUUUUGGAUAAUAAGACAUUUUUAAUCUAAGGUUUCAUGCUGCACACAAUGGGCUGCAUUUAAUAGCUGCAGCGGUUGAGCUAUCCACCAGCUGAAGAGCUGGUGGCAACACCACUGUGGACAUUCCCGGGUUCCUGGUUACAAUUAAAAGCCAGCUGGGCACCUACCUGGUUGGUGUCGGACUGCUGGCCAACCGGAGGCUGGUAACUCUUCAAUAUCAGUACUGCCACUAGAAGCAAUGGCCACUGCUGGUACUGCAGUAUCCCUGGGGAGGGGGAGCAGCCAUGGAUCCCUGGAGUAUGAGUAUGUGAGGAGAGCCAAUCAGGUAGGACCACCCUGCCCCCAGGCUGCAGGCAGGCUCACCAGGGCAUGCAUGGCAUGCCUGCCCACCACCACCAACACCCCCCCCCCCCCCCCCCCCCCCCCCCCCCCCCCCCCCCCCCCCCACGUGCGGCAGUGGACUUGAGGCCCUUCAUUGGUCAAUUGACCACCGCUCAGGAAGUCCAAUCUCAUUCCUUCCUGCCCCAGACUUAAUUAGGGGAGUUGGGAAGGCAACGGGAUUUCCAGCCAGACCCUUCCUGUUCCAUUAAAUGGCAUCCCCUGCCAGCCAGCCUGCUUCUGGAAUGGCAUUAAUUUCUGCCCAAUAUCUGCAAGAGGACAUGAAUGUUUUUAAAAUGUACCCUUCCCAAUUCUAGACAUUGAACUUACACCUUCAUAUUAUUUAGUCAUGUGGUCAUAGAAAACACUACAUCUUGGUAUAUACUUAAUGUGUGAACUUAUGGUUUAGAGUACUUUGUAUCAAAUUUAAGAUCGUCAAGGUUUACCAAUGGACAUCACAAAGACACUACCGGAGCCAGCAAAGUGAAAAAUUUAACUGAAUUGGUUUCAAUUAAAUAGUCAUUAAGCAGUGAUUAGUUCUCUUGGAAACUCACCCUGGUUUAGGGGCAAAACACAUUUGUGAAAUUCUGCAUCUCUUUUUUAUAGUUUGCACCUUCUAUGCUAAGACUGGCUAUCCAUCCCAUACGGUCUGCUGGCACUAAAUCAUCUGUCCUCAGUUGUAAUUUGAAUGUCUGGGCCACAAUGACAACAGGCCACUUACAAAAAUUAUUUUUGUUUUUAAGUCCUAUUUUAAUUCACUUACAUUCCUUAUUCCUCCUUUUCCGUUAAAAGGUGGCUGACUAGAACACAAACUUCAGUGCUGGUGUGGUUUAUCACUUUUUUUUUUUAGCCAAUUUCAGAAAGGACCCAGCCUGAAUCCAGGGAGAAGCCAACUGAAAAUCUCUAGAGCAAGAGAUCUCACGUUGCUUCAGUUUGACACUGCAAGGAGUGACUCCAGUCCAAUAUCUAACAAGGUUUAAAGUAUCUUUGUAAAUAUUUUUUCAAUUACCUGCAAUUAAUUUUACAAUUUUGAAAAAUUGGGUCAUGCUUUUCACACUAGUUAACAUUUUAACUGCUGGUAGAGGAACUGUUAAAGGAUGAGCUACUUGUUCUCUUGUGUAAAGGAAUCUGAGUUCAACCCAGGCACUGUUAGCAGGUUACCCACUAGCUAGAACUGGCAAUUGUGACUUCCUGCCUGAGAUGAGCAGCUGCAUUCUUGAGUGAAUCACAAUGCAUGGGAGUUAGUUCUUGGACUCUGAAGCCAUGUUUAUGCAAUUAAAAUAUGUGAUCUGUCUGAGAUUAUUCAUUGAAUGUGAUGGGACAUGUCAACUGAGGUUAUUUGAAACUAGUCAAUACACUGCAGCAAUGCCUUGUUUCUGCUGCAGCAACUAGCACUAAUGGUUAUCACUACAGCCUUGUACAAACACUGUCAUUGUUAAAAUUGCUGAUAUUGACCAGCAUGUUUGAGCUGAACAAAGAUAAGGGUACCAACUUAUUACCAAAAGUGUUCAAUUUGUGAUUUGAUCAACGCAGAUCAAUUGGACUUGAUCAUCACAGCUCCCUCAUAAAUCCUUGCAAUUAGAUCAGUGACACUAUAAUUGCUCAUCCCACCAGAUGUGAUUACAUUCACUUGCCUUAACUUGAAAGUGAAGCUUUAAUAAUGUGAAUGAAACAUCUUGAGACUCUGCCAGCUGAACUUCCUAGGGCUACAUGAAGUGAAUAUCUAUUCAGAAAGAAAUGAGCAAAUUGCUGUUGGCUAGCAAUGACAAAAAGACAGUUAUUUGGCCACAAAUUAUAACCAUAUGCAAUGCAUCUGAACAAAACAGUAUAUAAAAAAUGAACAUGAAUGUAAAAGUCUGUCAAAAUUUAACAUAGGAUAAUACUGUAAUACAUUUCACCCUUUUUCAUACAGUGCCAACUAGAUGAACCAUUUCAGUGGUGAAAUAUCCACUUGCAUUUAUACUGAUCUGUAAACUUACCAGAACUAAUUUUUGUGCACAAUGACCAAAAUUGUUUUUUUUUUCAUACUACAAACACAUAACUUGUUGAUCAAAUGUACUGUGCUGCACUGAGAAUUGUUUUGAAUAUCCAGUGGCUAUGCCACUUUUUUCAACUCGUCCAUGGGCUUUGAAUGUAGACAAUUUCUAAUGCAAUGUAUGUCAAUAUAUUAAUCAAUAAAGCAGUGAGAAAGGCAA